UUUUUUUUCGUAAUUAACAGUUAAUUGAAAGCGCUAUCCUACAAAAAAUAUGGCAGAUCCUUUGGGAGGCGAUCAAUUUGAUGUCGAAGCACUGGCAGAAGUGGAAGUUGAAAAGCUUUUGAAGCAGUACCGAACAAUUGAAGCGGAACGAUUAAAUUUUAUUGAAUUGCGGAAGAAAUCGGCAAGGAAAUACAAUAAAGUGUUGAAUAUAUUGGAUAAAGAGAAAAGCGAUUUACAAUAUAAACUUGAUAGCGAGCAAAAAGGCAUUCAUGCUCGUCGAGAUUCCGAUGCACAAAUAAAAAUAUUAAAUUUAAUGGACAAAAAGGAAAAGACAACUCAGGCGCUUUCAAAAAAGAAAAACGCUUUAAUGGAAUUGGAAGCUCGAUUUCAAAAGUUGUAUAAGGAGAUCUCAUCAGUAAGAGAUAAUGAAAUUACCGAGAGUUUAUACAAGGAAACAAUUUGUGAGAGCCGUAAAAGCGUUUUCAAAUUGGAAAAUCGACUAGAAGUUAUAACGAAACGUUCCGGAAGUGUGAUGGCAGAGAAUGCAAAGUUGAGAGAAAUUAUUGAUCAUAUGUUGCAGGAAAGAUCAAAUUUCAAUAUCAUGUGGCAGAAGAUGAUUAAUAAAUUGAAUUAUGGUAAACGUCACAUCAUGGAGCUCGUUGAGCAGGCAACAAAUGCUUUUGACCAGCGAGAAGAAUUAUGUACAAAACUCCAAAUUCUCAAGGAACGUGGACAAAAUGAUCGUUCUAAUCACGUUCAAGAGAUGAGAGAAUUACAAAGAAAAUUAGAUCACGACGCAAAAUUACAGGAAUUUUUGGCAGUGAAAGGGCAACAACGAUUGAAUACGGAACAAGAGGAACGUGAAGCUGAUAAGAAGAAGAAGCGAGUUGAGGAAAUGGAAAGGCAAUUUAACGAGUACGAUAAAAUAUUUCAACGAAUUAUUCUCUUAUCUGGCGAGAAAGACGUAGAUAAAAUCAUUUCAAAGUUCAUUAAGGAAGAAGAGGAAAAUUAUGCAUUGUUCAAUUAUGUCAAUGAAUUGAGUCACGAAAUCGAGCAAUUGAACGAGACUGUGCAACAGUUGCAAGAUAGCAUCGACGAGCAUAAAGAUUUGCAAGAGAUGAAAAAGCAUUCGCAAGAUGAUAACAUAGAUGUGUUAAAAGACGAGCUUUUGAAACAAAAGAAAUCUGCUGACGAUGCUAACAACUACAAGAAUGAGUGUGAGGCGAGAUUACAGGAAAUAUUGAGGGCCGUGGAGAGACUUUACAAACUUCUCAAAUGCGAUGAAGCUCCAAUCCUCUACCUAUUGGGAAAGGAGAAAAAGGUUUCAUUGAACAACGCAAAGCUCUUCCUCGGCAUUAUCGAUCGUAAAAUUCUUCAAAUGAUGAAUAACAUACAAUUUGUUGAGCCUUCAUCGAAAAUUCUUGGAAAAAAGGAUCGUGUGCCUGCGUUUAAUGUCAGAGAUUCCGCGAAGGCUUCAAAGAAUUGAACAACUUUUUUUAUCAUCCAUUGAAUAUUAAUCUUAAUUAUUUACAAUUUAAAUUAUGCAUGUAGGUUUUGAACAGUAGCUUAAGAAGUUAUUUUUGUACGAAACUUAAUAUUUAUAAAACAAUAUUAAUUGGACACAGCAGAUAGCUUAGAUCAUUGAAAGAAUUAUAACAAGCUACAAAAUCCGAGAAAAAUCUGUUCAGGUUCAGAUUUUAUUAUUACACGCUUUUAUUUAACUCACACUGUUUGUCUGAGUCAAAUCUUGUAAUCGAUUUUACGACCACUUUCACUGCUCCAAUAGAGCUCAAAUUUUAAAUGCACACGUAUUCUCGAUGACAAUACAAUAUUUUAACACUUUGGGACCACAAAAAUGCUUAAAUAUAAUUCAAUUUUAGUAAAACUUUUUUAUAUGGGAAAAAAAUCCAAUGUCAAUGAUAUAAAAUUUUGAUUUGUUUAAAAUAUUACACUUGAAAUACUCAACAGUCAUUUAUAAGAUUCAUUAUAGUUUAAUUAAUAUUACUAAUUAUUAAUUAUACUAUAAUUUUG